UUUAUGUUUUUGUAGUUGAAACUGUCAAUACUGUCUGGUCAAUAAAGAGUAGAUUUUUCUUUUCUGAAUCUGUUUUUGUAAGGAGAGAUGAUGGAGAAGAAAGAGAAAAAAUUUCUAACAGUAGCUCCUUUUGAGUGUGCUUGGAGAAAAGAUUUGAAAUUUAGGGAAGCUGGGCGGGGUUGUGUGGCUUUUGAAGCUUCUGCUCACAAUGAUGUCACGGUUGUUUUUAGGGAGAAUGUGGGAAGCCAGCACUAUCAUUAUAAGAGAGAUAAUAGACCUCAUUAUACUGUGAUUCUUGGUAGUCAUAGGAAUCGUAGGUUGAAAAUCGAGGUGGAUGGGAAAACUGUGGUUGAUGUGGCUGGAAGUGGUCUGUGUUGUUCUUCGGCAUUUCAGAGCUAUUGGAUUAGUAUCUAUGAUGGGUUGAUUUGUGUCGGUAAGGGAAGAUACCCGUUUCAGAAUCUUGUGUUUCAGUGGCUAGAUUCAAAUCCAAAUUGUAGUGUCCGAUAUGUUGGGUUAAGUAGCUGGGACAGACAUGUUGGAUAUAGGAAUGUCAAUGUUUUGCCACUAACACAUAACCACAUACUGCUGUGGAAACAAGUGGAUUGUGGUGAAUAUGAAGGUGAGGAUAAUAGCGACGAGGAAGUGAAAGAUGAACGCACGGACUAUGAAAAAUGGGGACUGGAAAAUUUUCUUGAGAGUUGGGAGUUAUCUGAUGUGUUCUUCAUUGUCGGUACAGAGGAAAAGCCUGUUCCUGGACACAAGGUUAUCUUGCAAGCAUCUGGUAAUUUUCCUUUGGAGGAUGAAGAUGUGAUUCAGCUGCAAGGCGUAGCGUACCCAAUUCUCCAUGCACUUCUCAAGUAUAUCUACACAGGCCAGACCCAGAUUUCAGAGCCACAACUUGGUUCUUUGUUGGCUUUGAGCUCACAAUUUCAAGUGAUGCCAUUGGUGAAGCAGUGCGAGGAAACUAUAGAACGGUUUAAACUGAAUAAAAAAUUGUUUGAUUCUGGAAAGAAUGUGGAGUUAUCAUAUCCGUGCUCUCAGCCACAUUGUUGUGCAGUCUUCCCCUUUGGUCUCCCCAUUAGUGCACAGAGACUUAAGCUGUUGCAUUCAAUUGGCAAGUACAGUGACAUAAACAUUUGCAUUGAGGGCCAUGGUCUUGUUGCCCAGUCUCAUAAGAUCAUUCUCAGCUUAUGGAGUGCUCCAUUUACCAAAAUGUUCACAAAUGGAAUGAGUGAGAGCAGUUCCUCGGAGGUUCAUUUGAGGGAUGUGUCAUUCGAAGCAUUCAAGAUUAUGCUGGAAUUCAUGUACAGUGGUAAACUCCGUAUGGAAGAUACAACAGAUUUUGGUAGCUUGUUACUUCAGCUUCUCUUAUUGGCUGACCAAUUUGGAGUCACCCUCCUUCAUCAGGAAUGCUGCAAAUUGCUUUUAGAAUGCCUCUCGGAGGACUCAGUAUGUCCAAUUCUGCAAGCAGUUCAAUCCAUUCCAUCGUGCAAACUUAUUGAAGAAACAUGUGAAAGGAAAUUCUCAAUGCACUUCGAUUAUUGCACAACUGCAAGCCUUGACUUUGUAUUGUUAGAUGAGGCAGCUUUUAGCAGUAUCAUUCAGCACCCAGAUCUUACGGUGACAUCUGAAGAAAGAGUUCUUAAUGCAAUUCUAAUGUGGUGCAUGAAAGCAAAGGAAUUGAGUGGGUGGGAGACGGUGGAUGAGCUAAUGACAAAACUAACUGCUGAACUCCUUUUUGAGGAAAGGCUUCAGUCAGUGAAUGAGUUGUUGCCUUUUGUAAGAUUUCCAUUACUGCCAUAUGCCUUGCUUAAGAAGUUGGAGAGAAGCAACCUUAGAAGACACAUUGCUGUUUUUGAUAAUUUUGUGAAGGAGGCCAUCAGAUUUAUAGAAUCUGGAUCAGCAGAGCUAGGAAAUAACCAGAAUGUAAGAUUUCAACACAGACGAUCUAGUUUCAAGGAGCUCCUGUACAUAUGUGAUGGGGAUAGCAAUGGAGUUCUGUACUUUGCAGGCACAUCAUAUGGGGAACAUCAAUGGGUGAAUCCCGUCUUGGCUAAGAGAAUCAUCAUCACAGCUAGCAGUCCCAUUUCAAGAUUCACUGAUCCCAAGGCUUUGGCUUCAAGAACUUACCAGGGAACAUCUUUUACUGGGUCCCGGAUGGAAGAUGGACAUAAUUCUGCCUGGUGGAUGGUCGACCUUGGCCAAAAUCAUCAGCUGAUGUGCAACUACUAUACCUUGAGAAUGGAUGGGUCAAGGGCUUAUAUAAGGUCUUGGAAUUUUCAGGGCUCCAUGGAUGGAAGGGUUUGGACAAACUUAAGAGUUCAUGAGAAUGACCAAACAAUGUGCAAGCCGGGUCAGUUUGCAUCGUGGCCCAUAAUUGGACCUAACGCUCUGCUUCCCUUCAGAUUCUUUAGGGUUGUUCUUACUGGUCCUACGUCUGACGCUUCAAACCCCUGGAAUUUCUGCAUUUGCUUCUUGGAACUCUAUGGCUACUUGCAUUAAUUAGGCAUGACUAUUUGUGUCUCCUGUUUCAUGUAAUAAGUUUUCCGGCGUUCAGUGGUAACCCCAGCUGCACCAUGUACGGUCUGGUUGAUGAAGAAUAAAACUUGUGAAUAGGAGUUAAAUGACUAUAU